AUGUCGAAGGCUCUCUUCGAAGAGCUUCCCACAGAGAUACUCGAAGAGAUCUUUCUCAGAUGCCUGAAUGGUAAUCUUUUUGUGGCGUCGCCCCGGAUAGCUCACAGGCUUUCUGGGAAUGAUUCACUUUGUAGAACUGCCUUCGCGGUUGCGUUUUACGCGCAUCAAUUGCACGACGUUCUCGAUCAUCUGAGUCUUUCUUUCAUGAUACCACUGCUGCCGGAUCCAGUUUCUCCAUGGAUGGCCCGAUCUAUCACUAAGGCAGUGCUUCGUGCCCGGUGGUGUAUUAAUUCAUGGGUACUAGAGUUCUCACGAAACUUACUCAGUGCUGCAGUCGAUCGUCUAUCGCAAAGGUCGGACCUUAUCUCUUAUGCUCAGAGAGUGAUUCAGAACUAUAAAGUCGAUUUAUCAGAUACAAACUCGAGAAAAUUCUGGUCUGCCCAUAACGAUCGUCGCAAUGAGGUAGCCUCUCUGGAAGGCUCUCACCCGUUACAACUUGAAUUUACCACCGCCGCGGAGGGGUCUUCCAUAUUCUUCGCUGAUGAUACCGAUGACGAGAACUCAAUCACAAUGUUUCAGUUCACGAUGACUUUUUGUGGUGCUGGGUUAGAGAGACACGAGUGCCUUAGUUUUCUCGGCAUGGACGGGGAUCGGAUGUUCCGGGUCGCGGAUAAACCAUUUUCUGAAUACAUGAACCUCCUAAUAUGCAACACUACAGGGAUCAAUGACAAGGAAACUGAGCGGUUCUGGACAGACUUGGGUCGGGUUUACCGUGGACCGGUCGGAGACGACUGGUAUGAAGAGUGCGACCGCUUGUACUGGCGGUUUAACUGGCGCCAGCAAGUGGCUAUCGACUAUUUUCUUUCUCCAGAAAAUUCGCCUUUCAGAAUCCCUUCUCUUACGUUUCGGCGAGCGGCGGUGUCUGACUUAAGGAAUCGACACUGCCCUGAACGGCGAGAUGGGAUUGGCCACCACUUCAGACCAUGCUUUAUUCAUUUCAUUUUCGAGAUUGACCCGACAUCUCUUCCACGAAAAGACCCAAUCGUGCUCCGUUGGGCUGUGAGAGCUUGUGAACGCAUCAGGCACUUCGGAGAUGCUUACCAAAGAGACCGCAUAGAACAUCGAGAGCAUGGUGUAUAUGAUGAAGGUGAUUGGGAGUACCAAUCAACACGCAGAAACCAGGUCUUUGCGAAGUACACUUUCGACGUCGAGGUCCGCAUGAUCCGCUACAUCAAAACAGGAGAGAAUCCAUAUCCGCCUGACUGCCCAGCUCCAUAUCUCCACAAUCCAAUAACGCAGUUGGAAGCUACUCUAGUGCCUGGAAUCGACAUGGCAGGAGAUGACGAAAAUGAUAUUGUGGAAGACGACUAUUCCGAUGAGGAAGAAAUAGCUGCUUUGAACCGAUGGCACAGAGAGCAAAUUUGCUUCGGCCCGAAUCCACCAGAACUCGGUUUCUUAGACCAUGACGACUACCGAGACCAGCGUGUGAUCGAACACGAUGGCAAUGAUUCGGAUGCGGGUGCUUUAGAGUCAUGGGAAGCCGAUAAUUUAGGUGACCCCGCCCCCGAGCAGGAUUGGGACGUCGAAGGGCCACCGAACGUGUUCGAAAAUGGCUCCUUUGAGAUACAAGUGAUCAAUGACCCGGCAAAGGAUCCCCAUGUCGCCCCGCUUCUUGAUCCCAUUGCUACGGAAUUACGACAACAUGGCAAAGUGUACUGGUUAUCGGCAAACGACUGCCAUCUUCCCUCUCAGUUUCAUAGCGAUUUCAAGUGGUAUAAGAAACGGUGA